CCGAUUCAGAUUUUGAAGAAUAGUCCUAUCAUAAGUGAUUAUCUCUCAACCGUUGAGUUGUCUGAGCACACCCAUAGUUCAGUGUUCAUAUGCCACAUGCUAGGCUAGGAAUAAGCUAGACUAGGAUAGGUUAGGUUAUACGAUUCUAUAGCGACAGCAGUAUUUCUCGCGCAUGUUUAAACAUUUCUUACAUCUCUGAGCCACAACUGCGCCAAACCAAACCGAACAUUUUCUUACAUCGGACAUAUACCUAUUUAUAUAUAUAUAUAAUUAGAAUAUUAUUGAGAGAAGAGAUAAUUAAAAAGAUUUUGUAUCAUGAUAAAUAUUAUUUCAACGGAAGAGAAGAAGAAAGUUUUUUACUUCUUAAAGUCUCAAGGAUGUUGUUCGAGAUGUUGUUUACGUCUUAUUGGAUAUCGUGUGUCAGAAUGUUAUCGUAAGCCUUUUGAAUUUGCGACACAAGAAGGUUUUAUUGUACGAAAUGAUAUCUUUUCGGAAAAAACACCUUGUAUUAUAUGUUUAGGAAUCCUUCAGGAUAUAAUACAAGAGAAUCUAGUUACAAAAAUAGUUGAGGAAGUGAAACUAAAAAAUUAUGACAGCGCAACGUUUGCAUGCGCAUUGACUAUUCCUGUAUCGGUAAAACCCAGAGAACACAUAUUGUACGCUUACAUAUCCAGAGAAACUGGUAUUCCUGAAUCUAUUAUAAGUGUCCUUAAAACAAUGCUGCACAGUGUUAAAGAUGUUUGGAAGUCAUUUAUGAUUCCAAAGCUUGAAGAAGCUCUGGGAAAAGCAUCUCCUGGAGACGCAUCGGUGCCAUCGCCUUUUCUUAUCGAGGUGUCUCUGACAUAUACCGAAGAUGAAGCAAUAUUUAAAGAACUAAUAAACAUCACUCAUCAGAAGGACAAUAAGACGCAGAGCAAAAGAAAACAUAAAAAUAAAUUUAGUCGAAAAAAUAUGGAAACUGUGCUGAGCGAGAUAACAAAUGCGCAACUUGUGCAAUAUUUUACAAUUCCGCAAAUUGUGCCAAAAUCGUUUGUCCAAUUGAAUGUUUCGUGUUCUCACACCAGUAUUUUCAUAGGAGGACGUUACAACAAACUCUCGAGAGAACUCAGUCAGACUCCGUGGCUAAUUAACGGCGAGAAGAAGGUUGAAUUUUCCGUUCAAGAUUUAUUAUGCAAUCCUAUCGCGGAAGCGGUAAAAGCAGAAUCGAUAAAAUUUUUAUCGUCAGGAAGAGAAGACGUUGAUGUUAGAAAUGUGUACAAUGGCCGACCGUUCGCGGUCGAGUUGUUGAAUCCUCACAUGACAAAUAUCACGGACGAGCUCUUGAUGCAUCUGGCUACUAGCAUCAAUCAGUCAACCAAGCAAGUUCAAAUAACAUCCGGCUUAAAAGUUCUCUCUAGGUUUGAUUUAAAAAGACUCAAGGAAGGUGAGAACGUUAAAACAAAGUUUUAUCGAGCAUUGUGCGUCUGUAGGAACGCAAACGCUGAUUCGCUACAACUGGAAUUAUUGAAUGAGUUAAAAAAUAUCAAAAUUGUUCAGAGAACGCCAGUGAGAGUAUUACACAGACGGCCGUUGAGUCCGCGAAUGCGUGUUAUCUACGAGAUGCGCGCUCGCUGGGCGAAAGACCACGAAUUGAGCGCGUUGUUGCGAACCGCCGCUGAAAGCGCAGAUAUGUUUUUUGUUCUCGAUGUCAAAACGCAAGCUGGUACGUACGUAAAGGAAUUCGUGCACGGCGAUUUCGGCAGGACCCAACCUAGUCUGUGCGAUCUUCUCAACACCGAAGUCGAUAUCGUGGCCUUGGAUGUCACAAGCAUUAAUUUAAACUGGCCAUAACGCGAAUAUAAAUAAUAUUUUCAAUAUUAUUAUGUAUUCAGAUACAAAUUUAUACAAUAAAAUUGUCAUCAUCGAGA